AUGAGUUCUGUCGUUACACCAGAGGUCCAAUGGGCCCAAAGAUCUAGUGAAUCUGAUCCUGAAAAGAAUUAUUUGUUGUUGACUAUUUCUAUUCCAGACUGUGCUCCAAAUCCUGAAGUUAAAAUUGAACCAACUUGUAUUUCUUUAAAGGCUACUUCAAAUUCUAAUAAAGGUGUCAGCUACGAAUUGAAAAUUGACCUAUUCAAAGAAGUUCUACCUGAAAAGACUUUACACAAAAUUGCUAACGGUCAACAUUAUUUUGUAAAAUUGUUUAAGAAAGAUUUAGGUUUAGAAUAUUGGCCAAGAUUAACUAAAGAAAAGUUUAAGUAUGGUUACAUAAAGACCGAUUUCAACAAAUGGGUCGAUGAAGAUGAACAAGAUACUGCUGAUCAUGACGAUACUUUUGGAAGCGACAUGAUGGGUGGCCAAGGUGGCAUGCCAGACAUGGGUGGCAUGGACAUGGGUGGUAUGGAUAUGGGUGGUAUGGAUAUGGAAGCUUUACAGCAAAUGUUAGCUCAAGGUGGUGCUGCCAAUUUUGGUGGUUAA